UUUACAUAAAAGGAAAAAAUGGCAAUGAUCAGUACCGAGAAACUCGUCAAAAUGGCUAGGAAAUGGCAGAAGUUAGCAGCCAUGCAGAGGAAGAGGAUUUCACUUACAAGAAAUGGUAGUGAUGCAGACGGUUGCAGUACGUCCUCACCCUCUAUAGUCAGAAAAGGUCAUUUUGUAGUAAAUACAAUUGAUCAAACGCGCUUCGUGAUUCCCUUGGAUUAUCUCGAAAAUGAGGUCAUCAGGCAACUUUUAAUCAUAUCCGAAGAACAUUUUGGCCUGUCAAGUGCUGGCCCCAUUACAUUACCCUGUGAUUCAGCCUUCAUGGACUACAUUAUUUCGCUUAUCAAGAAAGGUGUAGCUGCAGGAGAUCUUCACAAGGCGUUGCUCCUCUCAAUUCCUUCAUGGUGCUGUUCAACUUCUUCUUUGCAUCAAGAAAGUCAAAACCAACAAAUUCUUGUUUAUUGAGUCAUGCUAUCAUGUUUUGUAAAUGAUAGCUCAAACUAGAUUGUAUAGCAAGUGAAAAAUAGGCAACUGAAAGCUUGUAUUAUUACAGAAUAAACCAGAUCUAUGGAAUUGAUUUUUUCCAA